GGCGGUAUUGGUACGAAUGACGAUCAAUUCUUACUACAAUAUUUAUGGAGCAACAACACAAACGACAGCAACAACAACAACAACAGCAGGAACAACCACGACAACGACAACAAUUGAUUAUUAUAAUCUGGAUAUUACUAAUAAGUUUAAAUCAAAUAACAAUAACUAUAGCUGAUAACAAUGUAUCAUACAAUGAUAACGAUAUUGUUUAUGAUAACAAUAUCAGCUACAAUAACAACAACAACAGCAAUAACAACAACAUUAACAAUAAUAAUUAUGCUGGUAAUGAGCGUUAUUCGGUUCUACGACUACGUACCAAUGAUCUCAAUCAGUUCUUAUCGAUAAAAAAUUGA